AUGUUGAUCGACGAAACAAAUAUUGAUCAAAUAAUAAAUACAAUACAGAAACUUCAUCAAACAACAACUGAUCAUAGACUAAUUGAUUUAACUGAAUAUUUAACUGAGUUUUUUCAAUCUAUUCAACCAGAACAAUCAGAUUUAUUUCGUAUAUUAACAUGUCUUAUACAUGAUUAUCAAGAUUGUGCCGCAUUGAAAAUUGAAUUUCUUAAAGCACAAUGUUUAGAAACACUUUAUCGAAUAUUAGAUACUGAUGAAGACAAUAUAAUAUCAAUUUUAGAAUUUAUUAUUGAACUUUUGAGUAAUUCUGAAAAUGUUCAAGAAAAAUUUCUUCAUUUCAAUGGUUAUCAAAAAUUUUUUAAUUCACUUUGUUAUAUACAUUCACCAACAAUGGAUUUUAUUAAUCAAUUAAUUCUUCUUAUGAUUGAAAAAUCAACAUUACAAAAUGAAGAUCUAUUAACACAAACCAUUGAUUCAUUUGUUAUUUUGAAUAAUCCACACAUUGCUAUUUCACUUAUAUAUUGGAUACCAUAUUUAAUAGAUGUAUCAGAUCAACAUUAUGUUAUAUCAUCAAUAGAUAAAAUUGUAUUACGUUCAUUACAAAAUAAAAUGAUGGCUUGCUCAAAUGGACUAAUUUUUGCUUUACUUGAAAUACUCAACAAUAAUGAUGAGAAUUCAAAUAAAUUAGAAGAAAAAAUUGUAAUUGAUAUUUUUUCUUUAUUAGAAAAUUUAUCACGAUUUUCGAUAAAUCCACAAGAAAUUCGAUAUAUAUGUCAAUUCCUUUAUCAAAACACAUCAUUUAAAAAACAAUUAUUACAACUGUUAAUUAAAGCAGCUAAACAUGAUGAUCCAGAUGCACAACCAAUUUUAUCUUAUUUCGAUUUACAACAAGCAAAUAGUGGUAUUAUUUUACCUAUUAUUCGUCGAUGGCCAUCAUCAUCAACAACAUCAACAGCUCAUCAUUUUUCAUUUCAUUGCUGGUUAAAACUUAAUCAUGAAGUUCAUUCAUAUCCAUAUGAAGGACGUCGUCAAAUCUAUUCGUUCUAUUCUAAUUCAAUGGGUUUAGAAUCAUUUAUACGUUACUCAUCAUUAUUUAUAUCAAUAACUGAUCAUCGUGAACUUGUUUAUAUUGAAAUAUGUGAUUGUAAUGAUUUAAUUGAUGGUUAUUGGCAUUCAUUAACCAUUGUUCAUAAAGCACACCGACCAUCUUUAUUUGUUUCAGCAUUUCAAACAGUACAAACAUGUCAUUUAACUAUUUAUAUUGAUGGUUUAUUAAGGAAAGAAAUCAAAGAUUUUAAAUAUGUAUCAAUUAUAAAUGAUCCAAUUAUUUCAGCUUCAAUUGGUUUACCAAGUCAACCACCAAAAUUAUCGAUAUUAAAAAUAAAAAAUGAAUCAUUAUCAACAACAAUUGCUAAAACAAUGCAACCAUUGAAAGGAUUGCUUUCAUCAAAAACGAAAAGUUCAAUAAAUCGUAAAGACAAUCAAGGAUUUUAUUCACCAAAUGUCUUAAUCAUUGAUCCAAAUAUUCAAGAUACUGUAUUCGGUCAAUCAAUUUGUUUAUAUGGACAAUUAGCUUGUGUGUGGGUUCUGGCAGAAACAUUAGAUGAAUUACACGUAAAACAUUUACAUGCAAUGGGUAGUGAUUUCUGUCGUCAACGUCAUUUCUCAAUACUCCAUGAUGAUGCUUCAAAAUCUUCGACUAUAUUCGAUCUUCUUUCUAAUCAUUCACUUCAUGCUUAUCAUCCAUUGGCGUGUAAUGGUCACAUAUGUACUGAUGUAUCAGGCAGUUCUUCUCGAAUAAAUAAUGGUCGACUUAUCAAUGGAUUAUGUUUACGUCUUCAUCUAUUUUCUCAAUCAAUUUUUAAUUUAGGUGGUUGUGCAAUACUCUAUCCAUUAAUUGAAUUAUUUCAAGAAAAUGAUUAUGAUGAAUCAGACAAUCUACUCUCAUCAAAUGAAAAUAGAGAUUCAAAAGAAUCUUCAUCUGAUACUAAUAAACAGUUAUAUUCUAAUCCAAUUGCAUCAAUAAUAUAUCUGAUUCGUUGUAUUUUAUCAUCUUCAUCGACAAAUCUUUUAAUUGAACAAAUGACUAAACAUCACAAUAUUGAAAUAUUAGGAAAAUAUUUAAAUAAUAUUCCAUCAUUCUUUAUUGAUAAACAAUUAUUAAUUUCAAUUGAACAAUUAAUUGAAUCAAGUCAACUUAUUGAUCCAUCGCAUUUAUUAACAACUCAAUUAAUUCAAUAUAUUUUAUUUGAUUUUAAUUUAUGGAAUAAAUCUAAAUUUCAUAUAAGAAUAUUACAUUUACAAUAUAUAUCAAUUGUUAUUCAAUAUGAUAAAAAAUUUGAUCGAGAAAAAUUUCGUGUACAAUUCUUUUUAGAUAUUCUUAAACAACAUUUUAAAGACGAUACAGAUGAACAACAGCAAUUACGUAGCUCUAUUUAUGGAAUAAUUCAAUAUUUUAUUCAAAGUCAUGUUCAUAUACAAGAUUUAAAUGCACUUCUUUCUACUAUAUCAACAUUAUCAAUGUCAAAUGAUGUCAUAACUCAUGAAUUACUUGAUUUUAUUUUUGAAUUACUUGAUUCAUCAUCAAUAUCAACUGAAAGAAUAAUUGAACUUCUAUGUGAACCGAAUAUGAUUCAAGGAUUAUAUUCUCUUUUAGUUGUGAAUAAGUUAUCAAGUGAAACAAAAGAUAUUGUUUGGAAAAUAAUGAAAUGUCUUAUUGAAUCAAAACAAGUAUCACAACAAGCACAAGCUCAAUUAAGAUUAGAGACAAAUCAUAUUGGAUUUGGAGGUAUUAUAUCUGGAAUGGUACUUCGUGAAUUAAACCAAUCGAUUGUUGAAGAAAUUCUUAAUAUAAUUAUGACUUCUAAUUCAUUAAUUGCUAUUCAUCAUCUCAAUGUUGUUUUAACGCUUUUUGGUGCCGCAUCACUAGAAGUUCGUCGUAUAGUCGUGCGUAAACUAAUGACAUAUUUUAUCGAUCAUCCAUCUGCAUGUCAUUUGUAUGCUAAAUGUUAUGGAUGGCAAGAGACAUUAGCUAACUUUUUUGUUAAAGCACGUCGUUCAAACUUAGUACAGUUGUUACCUUAUGAAACCGUAGCUCCUGAUGUUUCAUCGACAUACAAAAAAGAUCAAAAUCUUAACUCAAGUGAAGAAAGUUCUGAUCAUAUAAAUUCCAAUGAUAGUAAUUUGCACUUAGUAUCAACAACGACAUUUGACAUAGCAUCAAGUUCAGACGAUCUAUCACAAACACGAUAUGAUCAGAAGCUUGAUUUAGCAUCAAUAGUCAAUAUAACAGCUGAUUUAGAUUUAAAAUUAAUAUGUACAUCUUCAGAUAGUUCUUUAACAUCAAAUUCUCUUGAUGCAUCGAUGAGUCUUUUAAGUAAUAAACAAGAUUUGGCUAUUGAUUUUCGCCAAUAUUCAAAUGAAACAACAAUCGCACCACUACAAUCAAAUUCUGCUAGUAAAGAAGAUCUCCUUGCCUUCUUUAAAAUAGGAGAUUCAUAUGACAAUAUUAUGGAGAUGGUUGACAAAGACAAUGAUCUAUCAUCAUCAUUACCACGAACAACUACUCGUACAAGUACAAGCAGUGCUGAAGAUUCAACAUUUUAUAUUCGAUCGUCUGUUAUUAGUAGUGAUGAUAAUACUCUUGAAGAAAUGUGCGAAACAUUACUCUUAGUGAUUGUUAUGAUUCUAUGGAAAGGAAUUGUCGAUUGUGAUGAUGCUGCUUGGAUAACUCGUGGUCAAAUAUUUUCGGCACUUCGUCAUCUUCAUCGUGAAUAUGAUUUAUUUUUACCAUUAGAUUAUAUUGAACGACGUAUCUUGGAAUUAAGUAUGGAAACAUGUUUAAUUGAUAUUAAAUUAGAUGGAGGAAUUAUUCCUAUACUUGAUACAAUGCUUAUAUUUAACAAGAAUGGUACUAGUGGUAGUGAAUCAAUAUCUGCAUGUGUUCCUUCUAAUGAUCAUCGGUCAGAAACAUCUUUCACUGGUCUUAAUAUUCUUCUUAUUCUUCUUGCUCAUUCAAAUAUAUCAUUUUCUGGAUUGGCAUCUAUUCGUAUUCAUUCAUUAUUAAAUUGUCAUCGAUUAAAUGGAAGAGAAGAAGCAGCUUAUCUUUUAUCGAGUGUUAAUAAUAUAUUUUCAUCGAUUUCAAAUAUUGAUGAUUCCGAACAUUGUACACAUUUGUUAUCAUUAAUGCACAUAAUUAUUGAUAAAUCUUUUGAUUUACUACAAAUCAACUUAUGCAUUCCAAACAUUUCAGUAUACAUAGCAAAAUCAAUGACACUAGAUGAUUUACGUCAAUGUAUUUCAUCAACAAAUCGUGAAGAUUGGCAAAUGUUUAUUCAAAAAAUUACUGAACCAUAUGCAGAUCAUUAUCGAUCAAUGUCUGUAAGACCAUUUCAAAUGAAUAUGAAAAUCUGGUGGAAUAAUUGUCAUGAAAUGAUGAAUAUUGGCAUACAUAAACGUAAUCGACAAAUUGAAGUAGAAAAACUAAAAUUUCAAAAUCAUAUUGUUCAACUAUGGCAUCAACGUAGUCGUUUACAUGAUGAACGUACAAUAAAAUUAAAUGAACAACACUGUAUUCGUCAAAUAUAUAUUGAUCAUAAAUGGAAAAAUCAAAAGAAAUAUUUAUAUGGUGAACGUGGUUUAUAUUUAAAUGAUAAAACUAUUAAAGAACGUUAUUGGAUGUUAUCUAAUCGAGAAAAUAUUCAUCGAAUGAGAUGUAAACUUAUUGAAAAUGAUUAUUUCAAUAAGCAUGAAGAAUCAAGUCGUCUGCGGGAUAACUUAGGUGUUGAUAAAACUGUUGAAACUGAUCAAAAUAUGUCGGGCAAAAUUUUAAAAAACGAACAAAGUCUAUAUUUGAUUGAUGAACACGAACUUUUCGAUGUUUUUAAUGAAAAUAAAUCAUAUGUUUCUGACAAAAAAGAACAUAUUAUUAUUGGAACAAAAUGUUCAUUAAUAACUUCAACAUCAAUAGCUGAUGGACAAUUUAUAACAACGGAUAAAUAUAUUUAUUUUUUCGAUUUAUCACAAUUAAAACCGUGUCAAAAUAAUUUCAAAUAUCCACUAUUAUGGUUACAAGAUAUAUAUUUACGUCGAUAUAAUUCACGUCCAACAGCCUUAGAAUUUUUUUUUAUUAAUCAAGCAAAUUUUCUUUUAAAUUUUGAUAAAAAUCCUGGAAGUGUUGACAAAAAAUUACGCCGUCAAAUUUUUCACAAACUCAUGUCGUUAAAAUUACCAUCGAUAAAAAGUGUUUUUUCAAGUUUAAUAACAACAAUAGCACCAGAAGAAAUUUUUAAAGAAUCAAAAAUAACUCAAAAAUGGAUUAAUCAUGAAAUAUCAAAUUUUGAUUAUUUAAUCAUGUUAAAUACAAUUGCUGGACGAACUUAUAAUGAUCUUAAUCAAUAUCCAAUAUUUCCAUGGAUAUUAAAAGAUUAUACAUCACAAGUAUUGGAUAUUAAUAAUCCAAAUGUUUUUCGAGAUUUGUCAAGACCUAUUGGAAUUCAAAAUCCAAAACAUAUUGAUGAAGUUAAACUUAAAUAUGAAUCAUUUGAUGAUCCAACUGGUUUGAUAAGAAAAUUUCAUUAUGGUACGCAUUGUUCAAAUGCGGCAGGUGUUAUGCAUUAUCUUAUUCGUAUGGAACCAUUUACUAAUUUACAUAUUCAAUUGCAAAGUGGAAAAUUUGACAUAGCAGAUCGACAAUUUCAUUCAUUUCAAUCAUCAUGGACAAAUAUAAUGGAUUCACCAAAUGAUGGAAAAGAAUUAAUACCGGAAUUUUUCUAUUUACCAGAAUUCCUUUUAAAUUCAAACAAAUUUGAUUUAGGAAAGCUUCAGUCUAAUGAUCAACAUGUAAAUGAUGUUCAAUUACCACCAUGGGCUCAUGAUUCACCAGAAGAAUUUAUUCGUCUACAUCGUUUAGCACUUGAAUCAGAUUAUGUUUCUACACAUCUUCAUGAAUGGAUUGACCUUAUUUUCGGUUACAAACAAAAAGGACAAGCAGCUAUUGAUGCACUUAAUGUAUUUAUGCAUUAUUCUUAUGAAAAAGUACCUGGUAUUAACACAAUUGAUGAUUCAGUAACACGUGAAGCCAUUGAUGGUAUGAUACAAAAUUUUGGACGUAUUCCAUAUCAACUACUAACUGAACCACAUCCACAACGGCAAUCACGUGAACAAGCAGCAUUUCAAAAUGACAUACAAGGACGUCCAUUAAAUAUAUUUCAAAAUUUACGUUAUAUGAAAGUAUAUUUCGUUGAAAUAACAUCUGCAAAUGAUGAAGUAUUGAGUCCAAUAAUAUAUAUAUCUAUACCAAAAAAUCAAAUUCGAUCUUUUAUACAGCAAGGUACACCCGAUACACUUGUUACUAUUAAUACCAAUGGUGUUGUGGGAAAUAAUGGUUGGCUUUCAUAUGAUAAAUCAUCAAAUAAUCUUUUUACCUUUGAACUAGAUGCAACAUUACAAUUUGAAAAGUAA